CGACGGCCUGCGGGGCGCGCGGUCGCUGUGGGCUGUGCGCUCCCGCGGCUCGGCGCCUCACAUCCUCCCUCCGCAUUGCACCUUCCUGUGCGAGCUGGGGGGCGGCGCUGCCGCGGGGCCUUGGCAGCUGCUCCCCGCGCCCGCCAGCGGCAGGGAUCGCGCCCUGGGCUCCCGGGUCCCGGCGCGGGGACGCGCAGUGGUGCCGGCGCCACCCCCCUCCACCAGCCCCGACCCGCGCCGCCGGCCUGUGUCUCCGGCGGCCCGAUGCUCGCGGGCGCGGCGGGAGCGGUCCGAGACAAGCGAGCGGCGUCGGGCGGGCGCGCUGCAGCGGGGCCCCGGCGCUCGUCGGUCCCCGGCCUUGGCGGCGGCAGUUGCAUGAACCGCAAUCUUGGCUGACUUCUAGUGGAGAGGCUCUGACAGUCCUGCCGACGAUCACCUUUCCGAUAGCCUUCACCUCCAGGAGGACUUUGGGGCACAGAUUCUUAAAAGUGCAGGCAGCACCAGUGGUGCUCAGGGCUUACUAUUGACUCUGCACUCAGAGAUCACUUCUGGUGGGCUCAGGGGGUGCCAUACGGGGUACCAGGGAUCAAACCCAGGUGGGCCAGCCAUGAGAGGGUACCUUGUAGCCAUAUUCCUGAGUGCUGUCUUCCUCUAUUUUGUGCUGCACUGUAUUUUAUGGGGAACAAAUGUCUAUUGGGUGCCACCUGUGGACAUGAAAAGGAGACAUCAGACCCGGCCUUGUUUAUCAAAGCCAGCUUUUGCCUCUCUCCUGAGAUUCCAUCAAUUUCACCCUUUUCUGUGUGCAUCUGAUUUUAAAAAGAUUGCUUCCUUGUAUGGUAGCGAUAAGUUUGAUUUGCCCUAUGGGACAAGAACAUCAGUGGAAUAUUUUCAACUUGCACUUUCAAAACUUCAGAGUUGUGAUCUCUUUGAUGAAUUUGACAGUGUGCCAUGUAAAAAGUGUGUGGUGGUUGGUAAUGGAGGAAUUUUGAAGAAUAAGUCUUUAGGAGAAAAAAUUGACUCCUAUGAUGUAAUAAUAAGAAUGAAUAAUGGUCCUAUUUUAGGACAUGAAGAAGAUGUUGGGAGAAGAACAACCUUCCGACUUUUUUAUCCAGAAUCUGUUUUUUCAGAUCCCAGUCAUAAUGAUCCUAACACCACAGUGAUUCUUACUGCUUUUAAGCCACUUGAUUUAAAGUGGCUAUGGGGAUUGAUGACAGGCAGCAAAAUAAACAUUAAUGGCUUUUGGAAGAAACCAGCCAUAAACCUCAUCUAUAAACCAUAUCAACUCAGAAUAUUAGAUCCCUUCAUUAUCAGAACAGCGGCUUAUGAACUGCUUCAUUUCCCAAAAGUGUUUCCCAAAGACCAGAAACCCAAACACCCAACAACAGGAAUUAUUGCCAUCACGCUGGCAUUUCACAUAUGUCAUGAAGUUCACCUUGCUGGUUUUAGAUACAACUUUUCCGACCCCCAGAGUCCUUUGCACUACUACGGGAAUGACAGCAUGUCUCAGAUGAAAACGAAUGCCUACCAUAAUGUCACUGCAGAGCAGCUCUUUUUAAAGGAUAUUAUACAAAAAAACUUUGUGAUCAACUUGACUCAAGAUUGACCCUAAGGAUUCAGAAGAUGAUGUAAACAGUAUUUUAUUUUUGUACUGUGAUUUUUUAUUUUUAAAUAUGCUGAAUUAGUCAGAAAAUUAUGGAUAUUAUAUAUAUUAUCUGUUGGUAACUGGUGAUUUAAUCCACCAGCUUAGUUUCUGUGAAUAUAUUUAACUUAUGAAAACCAAGACAUGUUAGGAAAUCAGAGAGAUAGUAAAGUUUUGAUGGGAUUUUUUUAAAAAAAUAGGCUACUUUUCUGAGUGUUUCAAAUGUCUUUUUAUAGAUUAUUUCAUCUUAGUCUUUGGAAGCAUGUGGCUUCCUAAUAAGAGGAUUUAGUUUACCACAACAACCUCUGAAUAUAUGUGUGUUUGGCUACUGUAAGUCGGUGAGAAAUUGACAUGUGGCUGAACCCUGAUGUGACAAACUGGAAUUACUUCAGACCUUCAAUGGGAAGAUGGAUUAGUUCCCUUUUUUUUGUCUUAACCAAGAAACCUGAUUCAAAUCUUAAAUCAGCCCUGAGUAUAGGGGAACAAAUGGAAUCUAAACUUGGGCUGAUUUAAUUAAGCAUUUUUUUCUUCCCAAAAUGAAUUAAACCAUAAUUAUGAAGAAUAAUUUGGUAGAAGAUGUUUUUGGUAAGUUGACAUCAACAAACAUGCAAUUCCAGAUGAGUAAAUGUAAAUCAAAGAAUGCUAUUACUAAAAUCUGGUGACUUCUUUCUGUGAAGAAGUAAAACAUUUUAAUUUCAUGCAAAUCGAGCUAGGUAAGCUCAAGAACAUUCUUGAACAUAGUUUUGUUGUUGUGUUUUUUUUUUGCCUGUCCACCUGAUUUAAUUUAUUCAGUGAAUCAAAGUUUACUAUUUGAAUCAAGAAUUAAGCUGUUUUUUUUUUGGAUUUAAAUUGUCCUUUCAUGAAGAGCAAUCCCAUCUUCAAAAGACAAGUUUACUGGCUCCCAGAAAAAUCCUACGGAAUGAAAACAAGUCAGUCCUACACACGUGAACUCCUUUCCCUUCCAUGAGGGGGUGCAGGGAGAAAGGAAGACAAAAGUACAAAUUGUAAAGAUGGAAUUAAAAGCUCUCCAAGCGCUAGGAGUUAAAAGAAUUGAUAUUCUGAACAAUAAUCAUUACUGGAAGAUACCGACAACCAACCUACUUCUCCGUUACAGUGCAUAAAGGAUGAAACAUCGGGGUAACAAACGGUAUAAAUACAUAAGAGCUAAGAGUUGAUUUAACUAAGCUCUCGAUAUGAAGUAUGUACAGUUAAUAACAUAUGUGCUUUGAGUCUUUGAUUGUUCUAAUAACCUUGACAUGGAAAAGGAAAAUAUCAGGCUAGAAUCCACAUAUGGUGAGGAUGUGCUUUACCUCAUACCACACAACCAGCAGCAAUUCAACUUUAGUUUGCUGUGAAGUAGCUCAGGCUUCAAGAAGGAUGAGACUAGUCAGCAAAAAAAAAGGUGUAACUCCCCCCCCCCA